AUGACCGAUCCGACAAUCGGCGGCAUCAAGCUCGACUUGGAUGCGCUGAUCGUGCAGCUGCUGACGGUCGGGACGACGGCGAAGAACUCGAUUCUGGAGACGGUGAAGCAGGACACGAUCGCCGCCCUCUGCAGUGCUGCAAAGGCAGUUUUUAUCUCACAGCCGUCGCUGAUCGAGGUGUCACCACCGAUACGAGUUUGUGGAGAUACGCAUGGACAAUAUGACGAUGUCCUACGGAUGUUCGACAAGGCCGGCUUCCCUCCCAAGCACAACUACAUCUUCCUGGGCGACUACGUCGACAGGGGCUCGCACUCGCUGGAAAACAUUGCACUCCUCUUUUGCUUCAAGGUCAAAUAUCCGGAAAACUUCUUCUUGUUACGCGGAAACCACGAAUGCUCGGCAAUCAACAAGGUCUACGGUUUCUACGCGGAGAUCCAAAAGCGGUGCAGCUCGUUGCGCUUGUGGUACAUCUUUCAGGACGUCUUCAACUGUAUGCCGCUGGUCGGGCUGAUUGGAGGGCGGAUUCUAUGUAUGCAUGGCGGGCUGAGCCCGAGGUUGACGUCGCUUGAUCAGCUGCGCAAGCUAGAAAGACCGAUCGAUCCCCCGAACCCCUCGCUGCAGCUCGACUUGAUGUGGGCCGACCCCGAGUUGUACAUCAACGGUUGGCAGUCGAAUAAUCGCGGGGUCAGCUACUCGUUCGGCGCCGACGUUUGCAAGGAGAUGUGUGCGAAGCUUGGUCUCGACCUGGUGGCCAGGGCGCAUCAGGUGGUCGAGGAUGGGUACCUGUUCUUCGCCGACCGCCACCUCGUCACCAUCUUCUCGGUGGCGCACUACUGCGGCAGUUUUCAAAACAAGGGCGCCGUGAUGUGUGUCGACUCGGAGCUGAAGUGCUCGUUUUUGGUAAUGGCCCCCGACCACAAGCGCGUCAUCCUGGCCGCCACCCGCAUCAAGUCGAACCCGAAGCUCGCCCAACCGCCGAAAGUACUCGCCGGA